AAAAGAGAACGUCAUACCAUGAGCGGUCCAGAAUAGUGCAGCUUAUAAAAAAGGAAGUUAAUUAGUUCAAACCAGCAACUACCAUAUGUGGUCGGCUCUAGUUUUGUGCUCUAGCAGUUUACAAUAAGUUCAUCUGUGCACACUAUCCUACUUUUCUACUACAAUCUAAAUGAAAAUGUCUGACUUUGAGCGGAUAAGACUGGUGAUCCUUGGUGGUGCCGGCGUGGGAAAAAGCUGCAUUAUAAAACGCUUCCUCUUCAAAACUUACUCAGACAAGUACAGACCAACCGUGGAGGAUCUGUACAAUCGAGAGUACGACCUAGGCGCAGUGACGUUGAAGGUUGACAUACUUGACACAUCUGGGGAGAUGCAAUUUCCGGCAAUGAGGAGACUAUCGAUUGCUACCGCCCACGCAUUUCUGUUGGUUUACGCAAGUACAUCCGAGCUGAGCCUGGGAUGUGUGAAGCAAUGUUUCGAAGAAAUCCGGGAACAACGAGCUGACUUUCAAGACAUCCCAAUGGUGAUUGUAGGCAACAAAAGCGAUCUCAGCAGCACGCAUCGUGAGGUACGCAUCGAAGAUGUAUCCGAGUGGGUGUUCUGUGAGCUGCCAAAGCUAAAGGUGAAGGUGAUGGAAUGUUCUGCGAAAGACGACGUCAAUAUAACCGACAUUUUUAAAACAUUUCUCUCGUUGUCCCGUAUUAUUCCGGCCAACGGAAACAGUGACACAACCUCAGGGUUGAAGAGACGCUCGUCGGCUUAUGUUAGUGCCAGUAGUAAAGCUAAAUCUAGACUUGGAAGUCCGUCCAUAGGUUGUGAAAAAACUAAAGAAUCGUCAUUUUUGGCAGCUGGUAGUAGUGAACCAUCAACGAGCGAUCCAAAGUCCAAACCCAGAUCAAGGUCUUUAAUUCGAAGAUCGUCCAGAAAAACCAAGCAACAAAUACAAAAUGCAUCUGGCACAGACGACUGCAAUAUACAGUAAUUUAAAUGUUGGUGCUGCUGUAGCCAGAUAUGUGCUGAAGAACAAAGCGGAUUAAUACAUAGUCGAAUAGAUACAUUAGUUUGAUUUAGUGCUUUCGGUUUAUAUUUGUUGGUAUUUGAUAAUCAAAACUGUAUUUUAUGGAGAUUAUUGCAAAACAUUCAAUAAUCGAUGCGAAGUGAAUUGUGAUCCAUACUAAAUUAUAUUAAUUAAAAAGACAAAGGAUUUAAAUCCUACAAGGGAUUUGACAAAAAAUCGUAGCUUACUUAUAAUAAAUCAUAACAUCGCUGAUGAAACAUAACGUUGAAGGUAGCGCAGAUUACAAAGUGGACCUAUGGUGGUAGAUGAACAAGAAAUGGAUACAUUUUUUAUGUAUGUGUGAUGCAAGUCUUCGAAAGUCGGUAUCAAAAUACAUGAAGCAGUAAAUUAAUAGGUACAAUAGUCAAUGACAGAGGACAUUAUUCUUUGACGCGUUUGUAAUAAAAUCUCCAAAAGUGAGGCGAUAAUAUGUGACAAAAGCACAUUGGAAAUAAUUUAUACGUUAGGUGGAGCAUUGAAAAUCGAAACAAUAUUCGUAGAUAGGAGCAUGUUGUUGAAAUUAAAACUUGUUGAUCAAAAGUAAUUGUAAGCAGUAGAUUGCAGCCAUUGAUUUGUGUAGCUAGAUUAUUGUCUCUAUCGGGGAGAGUGAAGUUGCCAUACCUAGCCUGCGUAUAUUCCAUCGAUUGUUUGCUGCCUAAAUAAAAUCGCAUAUCAGUACCAUCAGAUUUGAUCUCGAGAAAAUGGAAGACGAAAA